CGACGCUGACUGAGUUAGUUUGCAGAAGCGUUCGGGUGUCCGGUACGCAACCAUCGAAAAGAUGGCCAAAACAGCAUCAGCGAUGUCGACGGUAGUGGCGGUAGUGGCGAUGGCGGUUACGUGUUUUUUCGUGUUAGCGGCCGGUCAAGAUUCGGACGAGGCAGCGAUGAUGUUUUCCGAAGACGACACGUCUUUGGCGGCGGACGAGCUGACGGCCCGGCCGCCGUCGUCCCAGGACAUGCCGGCAUACACGUCGUCAGCUGGCCGCACUUUAACCGGCAAGCCGGCGGCCACCAACAUACAAAAAGUGUCCAGGACGGCCAAGGCGGUGGACGCGAUGUCGGCCAUGGUGAUGAUGAUGGCCGCGGCCACAGGUUCGGGCACUGGAACGGCGGCAGCGGUGGCGGUGGACAACGACACUGCGAUUGACAGCGGACCCUACACUUCCGACCUGGAGUGGCUGUCGAACGUGUACAACCCUCACCGGUGGAACCCCGUCGAACUUCCGGCUGCUUCCAUGCUGACCGUCCAGUGCCGGGACGUCAUGAAGACUUACCUGGAAGCACUGCGCCGGGGAUCGUUUUGGGCGGCUAAAAUGGCCGACGCUAGUGGACGUUACUCGUCACAGCUGUUUUUCGGUAAUGAUUUUUGGUUGGGAUCUCAUACUCUCUGCAAAGAAUUACAGAACAAAGCAACUAAUCAAUACGUGCCACCUUUCGAGGCUAAAUUCUAUGUUGCGAAAUUGGCGAUCAAAUUACAUGAUCAGUUGACCCCCAGAACUAGAUUGAUUUCACUCGGUCUGUGUAUGCCGAAAGAUUGCAGUUCUACAGAAGUGCAAAAUAUGGUUAGUGUUCCCAAGGAAGAUAGUGAAUCUAAUUAUCGGAGUUAUAGCGUACUCAAUGUCAGACCUGUGCCUGGUACAUACACUCUGUGGUCGGAUAGUAAAUUUCAAAUAUUAUUGAUUAUUGUUGGGCUGGUAACUAUAUUGACAAUUGUGGGAUCAGGAUAUGAAAUGAUAUUAGAGGGUCGAAAAGCUAGAGAAUUCAAAAAAAGACAAAUAGUUCAAGGUAACAAUAAUGAAAGCGAUUCAAAAGUAGAAUUUACAUUGGAUAAAAUGCAAGCAAUUGAAAAGAUGCAAAAUAUGAAGGGUUGUGGAAAUGAUAACGGAAACUUAGACGAACCAGACUUGUUAUUUAAAGUCAGUCGCAACGAACAAAUUCUAUUAGCUUUUUCGGCUGUAAGCAAUGGUCGAAAAAUUUUACAUUGUGGACCAGCUCCAUCUGAAUCGCUAACUUGUGUGCACGGACUUCGAUUUUUAAGUUUGGCUUGGGUUAUUAUGGUACACACGUACUUGCAAGUAUUUUCAAUCGCAGAAAACAAGAUGUUACGGACAUUAACCGAAAGGAACUUUAUGUUCCAAACAGUGAGCAACGCAACGUUUUCCGUGGAUACUUUCUUUUUUAUCAGUGGUCUAUUGGUUACGUAUUUGUAUUAUAAAACAACCAACAAAAAAGACGGACCAGAAAUAGCCGUAUCUCGAACACCGAAAUGUAGUUCUUCCAUUCUGAGAAACGAUACAAUUAAAUUUUUCAAAUUGCUGGGAUAUAGAUUUAUCAGAUUAACGCCAGCGUACAUGGUCGUCCUUUUAAUGGCGGAGGUGUCUAGCCGAUGGCUUCGAAAUACUUCCGUAUUUGAACCAGAGAACAACAACCAUAUUAGUUGCGCUGAUUAUUGGUGGAGAAAUAUGCUAUACAUAAACAGCUUGUAUCCCAGAAAUGAAAUGUGCAUGUUGUGGAGUUGGUAUAUGUCCAACGAUACGCAAUUCUAUGUUUUAGCAGUCAUACUACUUCUCGUUUCUGCCAGGCAUUUCAAAGGAGCCGUUAUUGGAUUGGUGGCGUUCUUAAUCGGAUCAUGGGUCGUCACAAUAUUCGUUGCAGUGCAUUACAAUUUUAGAGCAAGGAUAGAGGAACCAUUUGGAUUAUUUGAUCAACUUUAUGAUAAACCAUGGUCAAGACUUGGGCCUUAUUUAUUUGGCAUGUUCGCUGGAUGGUUUUUGUUUGUUACCAAAUGCAAAGUGAAAAUGUCCUUCCUAACUGUCGUGCUGGGCUGGUCUCUGUCACUGUUCAGCCUGGCGUACCUGGUGUACGGGCUUCACGUGGUGCACUUAGACCUAGCCGGUUCCGCCCUGUAUGCAUCCGUCGGCCAUUCAGCCUGGGGCGCCGCGCUCGCCUGGAUCGUGAUCGCCUGCUGUACCGGUCACGGGGGAUGUGUCAACUCGGCGCUGUCGUGUCGCCUGCUCCAACCCCUCAGCCGUCUCACGUACUGCGCCUACUUGGUGCACCCCAUCAUCAUGGCCAUGACCAACUUCCAAAUGGACGGCCCUCUGCACCUCCACAAUCUGAUCACGAUGAUAUUGUACUUCGGUAACGCAGUAGCGUCUUUCUUGUUGUCCUUCUUCAUUUCUCUUACAUUUGAAGCACCUGUGGUAAACCUGCUCAAAAUUAUGUUAUCACCACCGCAGAUGAAGAAAACCUCGAUGGAAAAAAACAGUUCCGAACUACAAGACUCGUAACACUCAAAACUGUUAUAUUAUAUUAUAUAUUUAAUAAUAGCAAUAGAAAUAAUACAUCGAUAAAGAUGUUUAAGUAUAGUUUAUAUUAAAUUAUUUUCUAAUAUUAAUAAUGGUAUUUUAAUGUAAAUUAUAAAAUAUGUUUUCCAAUAAAA